AUGGGGUUUGGCUUUUCUAUCUUGGGAAAAUUCUUCAGAUUGGGUUUUGAACCAAUUGUCACGACCUUCAACACUCUAAUCAACGACUUCAUUCGUGAGCAUAAAGAGGUUGACGCAGCUGCACUUUUCAAUGAAAUGAUGGAGGGAGGUAUUUGCAAGCCGGAUGUGGUUACUUUCAACGUACUAGCAAAUGGCUAUUGCUUGAAAGGUAACAACACUGGACCUAUCCAGUUGCUUAAGAAGAUGGAAGAAAGCGAUUACAGGCCUGACAUAGUUGUCUAUAACACGAUCAUUCACAGUCUUUGCAAGGAUACUCUAGUUGUUGAUGCACUAAACCUCUUCUCAGAAAUGACAAGUAAGGGCAUCGCUCCUAACGUCAUUACCUAUACCUCUUUCAUUCAUGGAUUUUGCAAAGUAGGGAAUUGGAAAGAAGCUACAAGAUUAUUGAAUGAAAUGGUUUGUCCAGAGCUGAAAAAGUUGAAUAUAAGGGAAAUGGAAGAGAAAGGUUGUUCUUCAGAUGGUUGCACAUACAACAAAUAA